CUAUAGGUCUAUAGUAACGACGCUGCGGAAUGAAAGCAGUGGGAAUUGAAACUAUGGCUGCCACUCUGUCUCUUACUCAGCUUUCCAGUGGAAAUCCUGUCUAUGACAAAUACUACCGGCAGGUUGACCCGGCUGGCAGCGGGCGUGUGGCAGCAGCCGAUGCUGCUCUGUUCCUAAAGAGGUCUGGCCUGGCUGACCUGGUCCUCGGGAAGGUAUGGGACCUGGCAGACUCCGAACGUAAAGGGUGCCUGAACAAACAGCAAUUCUUUAUUGCCUUGCGGUUGGUGGCCUGUGCCCAGAAUGGCCUGGAGGUGGCGCUCAAGAGCCUUCACCUGGCCGUUCCUCCACCCAAAUUUAAUGACACGAGCAGUCCUCAGUUGACCGGCGGGGGGGCCAUGGAUAUUCCCUGGUUUGUCAAGGCAGAGGAGAAGAUGAAGUUCGACACUAUCUUUGACAGCCUGUUCCCUGUGGGAGGGUACCUCACGGGGGACAAGGUCAAGCCGGUCCUCCUCAACUCCAAGCUCCCCGUGGACGUCCUGGGCAGGGUUUGGGAGCUCAGUGACAUUGACAGGGAUGGAAUGCUGGAGAGAGAUGAAUUUGCUGUGGCCAUGUAUCUGGUGUACAGAGCCCUGGAGGGGGAGCCCGUGCCCAUGUCCCUCCCGCCCCCGCUGGUGCCCCCCUCCAAGAGGAAAAAACCCACGGUGCCCUCGGGGAUGCCCCUGCUGCCGUCGCCGCCCUCCACCAAAGACGCCCGCUCCGCCCACUCGGGGGCCAAGAGCGCCCACCACGCCCCCAAGCCGGCCCCCGCCCCGGCCCCGGCCCCCGCCCCGGCCCCCGCUCCCGCCCCGGCCCCCACGUCGUCCCCCACGCCGGCCGCCGCCCCCUGGGUGGUCUCCCCUGCAGACAAGGCCAAGUACGACGAGCUGUUCAGCAAGACGGACGGAGACAUGGACGGCCUGGUGUCCGGACCCGAGGUCCGAGACAUCUUCCUGAAGACGGGCCUGCCCUCGGCGACGCUCGCUCGCAUCUGGGAGUUGUGUGACAUUGGAGACCUAGGGAAGCUCACCAGGGAACAGUUUGCCUUGGCGCUCCAUCUCAUCAACCAGAGGCUCACCAAAGGCCUGGAGCCCCCCCAGACCCUGUCGGCUGAGAUGAUCCCUCCCUCAGACCGACUCAGCAUCAAGCAGCAGAAUAUGGCAAAUCUUGCAGCGGACUUCUCUGCCAUCAAGGAGUUGGACUCCCUCAGUAACGAGAUAGUGGAUCUACAACGGGAGAAGAGUGGCGUGGAGCAGGAGAUCAAGGAGAAGGAGGAGACCAUCCAGCAGCGCACCAGUGAAGUCCAGGAGCUGCAGGACGUGGUGUCCAGGGAGAGCCUGACUCUGCAGCAGCUGCACGCUGAGCGCCAGAGGAUCCAGGAGGCGGUGGACGAGCUGGACCUGGAGAAGAGCUCCCUGGAGGGCCAGCUCUCCCACAUCCGCCAGCAGACCAGCCAAGAGAGCCAGCUGAUCACCUCCCUGCAGUCGGAGCACGAGGAGCAGGAGAUCACCAUAGGCCAGUACGAGGAGGCGCUGGUGCAGGCGCGCGAAGAGCUCCUCAAGCUGCAGGAGGAGACCCGGCUGCUGGAGGAGAAGGUGCAGGGGGCGCGGGAGCAGCUCACGCCCCUGCAGGAGUCGGUCCGGGACUCCUUCAAGCAGGUCACACAGGUGCAGCAGAAGCUGACGGAGCUAAAGGUGGAAGACAGGUCGGUGACGGCGCAGCUCAGCUGGAAGCGAGCCCUGGAGGACAGCUCUCCCGUCCUGGUCAACGGGUCGACGGGCCCCACGGAGGAGCUGCACCGUGGGGACCUCUACCUCGAUGAGGACCACCCCUUCCACGAGCUCAAGGAGGAAGAGGACGAAGAGGAGGAGGAGGAGGAGGAGUUCAGCCCCGCCAGAAGCCAUCCCAUGAAGGAGCAGGGGGAAGAAGAACAGUCUGAGGACGAGGAGGAGGAGGAGGAGGAGAAGGUUGAUGAAGGGACGGAGAAGACGGAGAGCGAGAGGCUGCAGUCUCCGGAAGAGAAGAAGGCAAGGCAGGAUCCCUUGGAUGACCUGUUCAGCAGCCUGGCUUCUGGAGACCUCUACAGCAGCCUGGGCACUUUCACUAAGCCCCAGGAAAAUAACAUUAUGAUGGAGAAUAGAAACGGUACAUCCACGGUGGAAUCGUCCCAAGAAGUGACGGACGAAAUGGAGGAGUCCCCUACAGCCACACCAAAGUUGGACUCCCCAGUACCAGAGACCGCAGAGGAGGCGGUGGAGUCCCCGGAGCGCAGCUCAACCUCCCCAGCACAGAACCUCCCAGCCCAGGCCGGCCAGCAGCCCGGCCUCCAGGGUCCUCCUGAGCUUGGCUUCUUCCAGUCGGACCCCUUCACAGACCACGAUCCCUUCAAGGACGACCUGUUUGGAAAGGCAGACGUGUUGGAUCCGUUCGGGGAGGACCCGUUCAAGGGCAGCGACCCGUUCGCCGCCGACGCCUUCUUCGCCCAGCCCGGCGAGGACCCCUUCGCCGGCAGCGGGGCGGGGCCGGCGGAGCCCGACCCGUUCGGCGCCUCGCUGAACAACGCUGCGGGUGCGCCGGCGACCGCGCCCGACCCGUUCGCCACCAACCUCAGCGGCGCCAGCACGUCUAACGAUCUGUUCGGCACGGCCGCCGCCGCCGCCGCCGCCGCCACCGGCAGCGUGGAUCUGUUUGGGUCCCAAGGCAACGGCCACGCGGAUCCGUUCAGCUCCUCUCAGCCUGCCGUCGAGUUGCCCGUGAAGAACGCCACGCCCACCAACGAUCCCUUCGCCCCUGGUGGUACAGCAGUGAGUGGCUCCGGCUCGGACCCAGAUCCAUUCGCCGCAGUGUUUGGGAACGAAUCCUUUGGUGGGGGUUUUGCUGAUUUUAGCGCCUUGGCAAAGUCCAACGGUGCAGAUGCGUUCGGUACCAACAACAAGAACAUCUUCCAGGACGACACUGCGCCGACGAACUCGGACGUGCCCCCUGCACUGCCCCCCAAGACGGGCACGCCCACCAGACCUCCCCCUCCUCCUCCAGGUAAACGAUCGUCCAUCUCGCGGACCGAGUCCUCGGACUCCUUCCAGCGCCGAGGGCACUUCCACCCCCAGGGCUCCGGGGAGUUCUCCACCACCACCACCACCACCACCUCCUCCAGCUCCUCCUCCUCCCUCCCUGCUAAAGACCCCCCGGCGGACCCCUUCGCCCCGUCUUCCCCCCAUCGACACGCGGCGCGCGAACCCGAGCGCUUCGCCAGCUUUGACAAACAGUACCCGACGGAGGACGACAUGAUCGAGUGGGCCAAGCGAGAGAGCGAGCGGGAGGAGAAGGCACGGCUCGCACGCCUCACCCAGCAGGAGCAAGAGGAUCUGGAGCUGGCCAUCGCCCUCAGCAAGUCUGAACUCUCCUGAGGAGUAGGGGGGCCCGCCUCCUCCUUAAAGCCCCCCUCCCUCCCUCCCUCCUCUUCCUCCUCUUCCUCCUCCUCCCCUGGCCUGGAACGGCAAAGCUCUGAGUAGCAUGGCGUGCACCGCAGCCGGGAAGGGGGGGACGCGGACGGUGACGCUGCCCCCAUGAAGAGAUUGUUCUCACCGUUCCAAACUUGGGUUUGGGAGCGGUGUUGUUGUUUUUUUGUUUUGUUGGUCUUCCGUCAGAAAUCGUUCUACGUGUUCGCCGUCAUGUCGUGUCCUGGUAUGGCUGAGGUCUGGCUGCUGAUUGGGCGGGAGGGAGGGAGGGGGGGGGGGCGGGAUGGCGGGACGCGUCAGAUUAUAUGAGGAGGCGGACGGGUCGACCUGCAGCCAGCGAGCGAUGGUCUCGGUGUGUCCAGAUCUCGGAAGCAUUUUGACGGUUCUCGUUGAAAAACAGAAAACCCUUUCACCACCACGUUCGUUCAAGAGUGACUGUUCAGAUUUUUGUAUUUUUUUUUAUUACCAGCCGGUCAACAACGCUCAUUGUAAUUUAUACAAGCAAACCAAUACUACAUUACUACAUCUCCCUACGUGGCCUCUUGUACUUGAAUGCCCCUUUCUACAAAUCGAAAUAGCAUUAAAAGCUUGCUCUGCCAGUGUUUGAAUGUCUGUUUAUACAUACUAGUGUUACACAUAUUGGCAUGUGGGUUAAAUGUAAACAAUACUACAUGACUGGCCUUAGAUUUACUUUUCCCACUGCACUCUGGGCACAUAACAUUAGUCUGCUUCUCAGCCCUUGUUUAUCGCUAAUAGCCCAUUUCAGAACAACUUGAACUGCUUCAUAUAUUUGAAAUCACUCUCAUACUUAUACAUUUCAGUUAGAACUCGAACUUUUUUCUUUUUUUUUUUCAAAUACCAACUGAGAACGAAUGAAAUGUUUUGUAUUAGUGUGUAACGCACAAACACCACAACACCCUCAGACUGUUGCGGAGUGUCUCCUCAAACCAUAAUCCUAAUUUUGUUUAAAGAAAUAUAUAUAAAACCCAAUUAAGGAAAUCGAAUGAAUUUAUGUGCUUACCAAUGCUUUGCAACAAAUAUAUGAAUGUUGAAACAGCGCUACCAGCUCCCCAUUUGCUCCUCCACUUGUGGUGUAACUUGUGUCUGCACCGUACGCUUCUCUCAGAUUCUGAAUUCAACGGGAAGGAGAAUAUGAAGGAAAUAUUAAUUCAGGGUCCCAACAAAAAACGCAACAACCCUCAAUAGUAAUGUGUUUCUUCUGUUAGCCCCUAAUUUCCAUGUCAAUUGACACGAUUUGCUUGGACGGUUGGCAUGUGGGUCAUUUGUUAUUGAGUCAGUACCCCCGUUUCUCCACAGGGUGUCGCACCCUUCAGAGGAGACCAGCGGGGAGCUGACAACCCAGGCUGACGUUGUUGUUGCUGCUGCUGCUUAUAUUGGCAUUUGUAUAGAACCUUUUUUUUUUUUCGUGGAUUUUUUGUUUUUUUGUGAUACUGCGGUGCAUUUCAAAGUCUUAUGUGAAUGAAGAGAUUAUUAUUGUUUCUUUUCUAUAUUGUACAAAGGCCUGUCAACCCAUUGUCCCACGAUCUCUAUCUCUCUCUCUCUGGGAUUUAACUUGCAGAACGUUUUGUGUUGCACAAGAGCAGUGGGAAGGGCUUUGAAAGAGGCUCCUAUUGCACGGUAACUACAAGCUCCUUCAUCCUGAAUCAGUGAGUCGUAACUCUUAGUGAUUGAUUUUUUUAUUGUUUUUUUUAGAGUCAAAUAAGAUCUAAACAAAUUAGUUUAGUUCAUAGACGUUGCUGAAGUAAAAUGUGAUCCUUUUUCUUCAUAAGGGAAAAACUGAUUUAAACCGGUGGACGUUACCCUCUGAAACAGCUUAUUUUCUGACCAAACAAUGCACAUCCUUUGUCAGACACUAAUACCAAUCUUAACUUUCAGAUUUUGUUGAGCAAUGUGUAAAAUUGGCACUUAAAUGAUGCGGUGGUCAGCGUGGUCAUAGCGUUCUAUGUUAAGGUCAGUUAUUCAUACAAAUUCCAUUAGUAUUGUAAAUAAUAACACCAUGUGGUAGUCAGUGAGAAAUGACAUGCACACAUUUGUGUGAUUAAACACAACUCACUUGUAAUUAAAGGUAACAGGACCCUGUUGUGUCAUAUGUAUAGAAUGCUAUAUUUACAAACCAAAAACCACUUAUAUUUCUAAGCUUGCAAUAGAGGCUUUUUAAAUGUAAAAAAUAAUUUUGUAACACGUGAGAUUAAUCAUUAUCCAAAGGCUUGAUCAUAAUAUGUUAUGCAUUAAUCUCAAAAUAAAAUAAAAUGAAUGUGUAA